CUAGCCUUCCCGGGAAACGGGAUCCCUUGCUUUCCUUCUGACACCGCUCGACAUGUCUUCCUCCUCCCUUCUUCUGUUACUCUUCUUCUUCUUCCUUCACCUCCCUCUCCUCUUCCUGCCCACCCUCGCCGCUGGCCACGUUGAGUCGCCGGCCUCGCCGUCGAACGGCACCACCGUUUAUGACCUGCUUCCGGAGUAUGGCCUGCCGCCCGGCGUUCUUCCGGACACCGUCAAGUCCUUCUCGCUCGCCAGCAACGGCCGGUUCGUCGUGGAGCUCUACGGCCCCUGCUACAUCGACUUCGAGUACCUGGUCUACUACGCCCCCCGCGUGUCCGGCGUCAUCAAGUACGGCGGCAUCGCGAGUCUCGAGGGCGUCCAGGUCCGCCGCUUCAUGGUCUGGUUCGACGUCGGCGGCAUCAUGGUCGACGUCCCCUCCUCUGAGUUCAUCUACUUCCAGGUCGGAUGGAUCACCCGCAAGCUCGGCAUCGAGCAGUUCCAGACCGUGCACUCCUGCAGGGGCAGUCUCUCGCUGCUCGGCCGCGCCAAGGAGGUCGCCCGUUCCAUGCUCGAGAGCAUUUUUGCACCUCAACUGUGACGAAUUAAUGUGAGAAGACAAAACCAGCUGGCUAAUGCAUGGAAAUUCUAAAGAUCUAAUGGCCAUUUUGAAUCACAUGGCAUGAACCAGGAAGUGCUAUUGCAGAAGAUUUUCAAGAGGUGAAAGGUCAGAAGUGUUAGGAUACACUUCCGACCCAAACACCACUCAUCUUGAGUUCCUGUUCCAUUACAUAAAAAUUAAUUGUAGUUUGUAGUUUUUCAUUGACAGAAUGGCAGUAGUUUUUCUCUAAAGAAAUUUUCUGGAAUAGCAUGUUUGUAUUUUCAAAAUUUUGUCCAAACCACCCCCGAUAGAAUGAUGAAAGUUGCAUGUCUGAAGGAAUUUUUGGGCUGAAAAUUGAGUAAUGUUACGAUUUUCCUGUCACAUAUAUUGACAUGCUCCUUUUAGUAGGAAAACUUAAUCAAGGUAAAUAUUCUCAUGGUCACCUUUCAACUCUCUAUUGCCUCAAGUAUGAUUUCUCAACCAAUAGUCCUUGCACACUAGAUUUAACUUCUUUUCAAGUGAACAAGCUCUAGUCAUUCAUGUGCAGAACUACAGUGAAUUGAUUCCUGAUUACUCUCAAUUUACUUGAUUUGUGUUGCAGUAUCCACAUCAGAAUUCUCCUCUGUGAUUUAUUUUUUUCCUCUUUGCUAUGUGAAUCCAGACUCAUUCCUGUUAUGGCAAACACAAAACAGAAGGUUAACUGAUGACUAAAAGUACUCGUAGCUUAUUGUUUCCAGAGAAUUGAGUGAAAUGUGUUUUUGAGUUGUGUAUCCUACGUAUCCUGUUCUCUAGCGUUUUAGAUUUCUUCUGCUACCUCAGGAUAUUAGCCUGAUUUGGAAGUCGUUCCUUUAUUUGAAAAACAUUUUAUGUUAGGCUCAUAUGUACCAUUACACAUUAUUUGUUCUAUACAAUUUUGGUUGUAAAACUAAGCAUGGACAAUUAUAAGAAAGAAUCUUGUGGAGUAAGUGUUUCUAAAUUAUAAAGCAGAAAAGAUAGUUCAUGAUCAUGAUUGAGAUUUUUGU